UCCAGAGAUCUCUAUGCGUUCACUCUGCAUGUUUCACCAUUGUGGUUUUCAAGAGAAAUGGCAACAUUUAUGGAAAUUCAUAAAAUAUAUUACCGAUAUUCACAAAGGGAAGAUGCAUGAAUAGCAUUACGCUCUGUGUAGAUCUACAGCGCAUGACAUUUAAUUUUACACGGACUAAUAAUGAAAGUCACAGGUGGUGCAACUAUCAUUUGUUGGAUAUGAUCAGCGAAGCCUGCGUACAUUGAGGUAUAUACGUACUGUACUUUAUCGUGUAGACUGUUGUGUUUGACACUGCUAGUUAUUGUCAAUAGUGAUAUUCACUGCCUGAACAGUGCGCCUGUGUUAGUUUCACGGUCUCAACAGUGUCUGCGACAGUUUCGUCUUGUUAACAGUGUCUGUGAUAGUUUCAUCUUCUCAACAGUGUAUCUGAGAGAGCUUCACCUUGUUAACAGUGUGCCUGUGGCCAAGAUGUGUAAUUGUUCCCACUGACAAGGUGCCAAAAGACAUAACCAUUAUCUUGUAUCUGAGAGAGCUUCACCUUGUUAACAGUGUGCCUGUGGCAACGUGUCAUCAGCGUGUUCACAAUCACCGCAUCGACAGUGCCAGGAAGAGCCAGUGUGUGUGAAGGGUUUGUCUGGCGGACAUGGCGAUGUGGCUAAGUGAGAUCUACACCUGUAUGUGGGUGUUCAGCCAGGUGUCACUAUCAGCUGCAGCUGGGAGAGAGAAUAACGGCAGACCCAACAUUGUCCUCAUUCUUGCUGAUGAUUUAGGCUGGAACGACGUUGGCUACCACAAUCCCGACAUGAAGACCCCCAACAUCGACCGCCUGGCAGCGCAAGGUAUCAAGUUGAACCAGUCCUACACACAGUCUAUAUGCACACCCACAAGAUCAGCUCUGAUGACAGGCAGAUACCCUUUUAAGACGGGAAUGCAACACGGCGUGCUGCUGUCGAAUGACAAUGCCUGUCUCCCCACACAACACCAGCUGCUGAGCGAGGAUCUCCGACACCAUGGCUACUCCACUCACCUGGUCGGCAAAUGGCACCUGGGGUUCUGCAAGUGGGCGUGUACUCCCACCUACCGUGGGUUUGACACCUUCUUCGGGUACUACUCAGGGGCCCUCGACUACUACACCAAAACAUAUGCAUCCGACUACACCGGGCACCCCUACCUGGAUCUGCGUGACGACAUCUACCCUGCCUGGACGUAUUCCUAUAACACCUCCUACUCCACACACAUGUUCACAGGUCGGGCCACUGAUGUGAUUAAUCAACACAAUACUUCAACACCUCUAUUCCUGUAUCUCUCUCUUCAAAACCCGCAUUUCCCCCUGCAGGUGCCGGAGAAGUACACGAAUAUGUACCCGGAUGUAGUGAACGAGAGAAGACGGACCUAUUGUGGAAUGGUGUCGGCGCUGGAUGAAGGCAUUGGGAACGUCACGGCGGCGUUGGAGGAGCGAGGCAUGAUGGACAACACUCUCAUACUGUUCUUAUCUGAUAAUGGACCUGACAUGGGUUUCCAUGGCAAUAGUUUUCCUCUGAGGGGAGCAAAGUUCUCAAUCUGGGAGGGUGGUCACCGAUCGGUCGGUUUUCUGCACGGCGCGGGGCUGCAGAAGACGGGAGUCACAUAUGACGGGUUGGUGCACGUCGUGGACUGGCGGCCGACUCUGAUGGCGGCGGCGGGAGGAGGUAAAGUGGCGCCAGAAGCUGAUAUCGAUGGGAUGAACCUCUGGGAAAACAUUCGGACUGGAUCACUUUCCCCGAGAACAGAGUUUGUCUACAAUCUGGACGAUGUUCAGGACGACUUUUUUAAUGUUGGUAACGCGGCGUUGAGAGAUGGCGACUACAAACUCAUCCUCGGUUAUUCGGGGUCAUAUAAUGAUUGGUACACGCCUCAAAAUAACACAGAAGACGAACCACUGCAUUUGGGAUGUUAUAUUGCGGGGGACCACCCAGAACAGCUGUAUAACCUGAGAGAGGACCCCACAGAGCGGAGGAACAUAGCGCUGCAGGAGCCCGAGGUGGUCGCUAAGCUGAAACUCAAGAUUAAUCAGUACCGAAAAAUGAUGGUCCCUGCACAAACAAGACAAUGUUCACCAUCAGCUGAACCAGUUCUCCACGGCGGUGUGUGGUCCCCAGGGUGGUGCUAAUAUCCCCAUGCCCCCUAGACUCUUCUUAUGUCCUGUCCCUCGAUACAUAUAGUCCCUGAUGUCCUUUGCUAGCCCCGAUAGCUCUCGAUGUCCCUUGCUAGCCCCGAUUGCCCACGAUAGCGCCUGAUGGCCCUUGCUUGCCCCUGAUGGUCCUUGCUCGUCUUGCCAGCCCCGAUAGCCCCAGAUGGUUCAUGCUUGCCCCAGAUCACCCAUGCUAGCCCCACAAGACCCUUGUUUGACCCAGAUGUCCCUUGCUAGCCCGAGAUGGCCGUUGCUACCCCCGUUAGCCCAAGGUGGCCCUUGCUAGUUUUUGAAGACGUACGUUCUUGGCGUCAUCUGAUUUCCCAGAUGUCUUCUCCUGGCGGCCCCGAAGAUGCUGCUCAUUAUGCCCUCUGACAAGUGUGGGCCAUCUGUUUACCGAGACGAAGUUGUAUUUCUAGACUGGGAAUGCGUAGCUAGCGUUCUUUAUGUCGCAGUCCAAUGGACUUAAACAGAUACCCUGAAUAAAAUACAUUGGCACUUUUUUAUCAAUAAAAAGGAUACACCAACAUAGAGCGUGAGUGAGUGAGUGAGUGAGUAACUGCGUGACCAGUAGGUUA